CAGUAUUAAAAGAAACGUGCGCAGGACACUGACUGAAAAAUGCAGCUCACCUGCAAUCCAAGUCCUUCUGAGAAAGGCCACCAUGUUGGAUCCCAGGUACCGUGGCAGCAUGGAGGACGCAGAGACAUUGGAUGAGAUCAAACAUCAGAUUGUGAGAGAGCUACUGGACUUAAAAAGGCAAGAAGAAAGUGAAGAAGAUGCAAGUGGUGACAGCUGCAUCAAAGCUGCUGAAGGAAACAAGGAAGCCAUUGCUGCAUCCACCAAGAAGAGGAGGCUGAGUGACCUCCUUCAAAACAGAAGAGCUCAUCUGACAAGUCAGGCCCAAUCUACAUUUUCAAAAAGAGUGCAGGCUGAGGAAGAGCUGAAUAAGUACCUUCAGGAAGAUGCACUUGAUGCCUCUUCUGAUCCCUUGGUGUGGUGGCAGGACAAUCAAAAAAGAUAUCCUUUGAUGGCCAACUUGGCUCAAAAAUACAUGUGCAUUUGUGCAACAAGCACCAGCUCAGAGAGAAUGUUUGGCACAGCUGGCAACAUUGCUACUCCUGAGAGAUCCUGCCUUAAACCACACAAAGUCA